CUUGUUGUAGUUGGCAUGCACGUGAAAAUCCGCAAAAAUGACUUCCAAUCCAGAAAAUAAUUCCUCGGUCGAAAUUCGACCAAUUGGGUCGUUACAGAGCUGCAUUUCUAAACCAGAUGGAUCAGCAGUGUUCACUCAGGGUGACACAUCUGUGAUGGCAGCUGUGUAUGGACCUGGGGAUGUCAAACCAAAUAAAGCUCUUAUGGAUAAGGCAACAGUAACAGUUACAUACAAACCAAAGAUAGGAAUAUCAGGUGUGAGAGAGAAAGCCCUUGAAAGGAUGAUAAGGAAUACAUGCGAGACUGUACUGCUAACCACACUCUUCCCACGUUCUUCUGUUGAUAUCAUCGUUCAGGAGAUUCAGGAUGCAGGAGCCCUGUUGGCAUGUAGUAUCAACGCAGCGUGCCUAGCCAUGAUCAACGCUGGCAUACCCAUGAAAUGUACUGUCGCAGCUUCCUGCUGCAUGAUGGGUAAAGAUGAAGAACUUAUUAUGGAUCCAACCAAGGAACAGACAAAGGAUGCUGAAUGUGUAUUGACCUCAGCCAUUGAUAGCUCAGCUCAUAGUCUCAUAGCAUCGAGUAUGCAAGGGAGCUGUUCUGUAGAACAAUACCACAAGCUGAUGUCAGUCUGCCAGAAAGCCUGUGACAAGGUGUUUGAGUUCUACCGAGAAGCGAUGGAAAGGACUUUAUCCAAACCUUGAUGUCCACACU